UGGGCGACUGCAGACUACAUAGCUGCGCUAAUUACAAUAAGGGUUGGUGAGUUGCUAGAUGCAGUCAUACAGCCAUGCUUCUGGAUAUGACGAGCUCUGCUGAUUACCGUUGGUGGAAUUUGUUCUCCGACAUCGAAUCAAUGAACAGCAGCACGCAUACAUACAGAAGUUAUUUAUCAUAUGAUAAUUUCCCGACAUAUACUGAGGAAUGGUGGCACAAGGCAGUGGUCAAUGCGUGUAAUUGGAUUACCAUCGUUUUUGGAAGCGUAGCGUUUGUUGGGAAUAUCUUCAUAUUGAUGGUUGCUUUAGCCGCAAAUGAAAUACGUAAGAAACGAAGCAGUUACCUGAUGGUUAACCUCGCAAUAAAGGACGCUAUGCUAGGGCUGUUAUUUCUGUUUCAGGGAAUUUGUAACUAUGCUGUCAUCCAAGGUAUCGGUGUGCUGAUUGCUUCUAUGAUGCGCAUGGUAUUAUUGAUAUCAUCUGCAUUCGUGAUUAUAUUGAUAGCUAUGGAACGCUGCUUUGCAAUAAUUGCACCGUUUCAGCAUCGGCGGUACUGUACAAAAAAAGCACUGAUCAACGCAAUAAUCUUAGAAUGGAUUAUAAGCAUCUCAAUCGUAUGCCUAUUGUGUAAAUAUUUCUUGAAUAAUUUACCCCAGACUUACUUUUAUGUUUUUAUAUUAGGUUCCACUACAACCAUUUUAAUUUAUCUAUUGAUAUUUUUGAUUGUGAAACGACAUUCGUCAAAAAAUAAACACGCACUCAGUGUUUCCCAAAAUAAUAAACGGAAACGAAGUAUUUACGUGAUAAUUACAUUCGCAUUUAUUGCGGAAAUACUCGCCAUAUGUUUCAUUUUAAAUGCGGUUGUUUUUAUCUUAGAAUCAUGGGUCCAAAUUUCAAUCCAAACUGUAGUCCUCAGCUGGGUAUUCUAUCUGUUACUUCCUCUAAAUUCAGCUGUGAACAUAUUUAUAUAUAUGUGGCGGAUUCCAGAAUUUCGGGUGGCUUACAAGCGGAUCCUUUGUAGUCUCUAAUCGCAUAGCAGGGGCGGAUCCAGAAAUGUCCAAAAAGGGGGUGGGAGCGAAAGUUGGGCGAUCGAGACAACACUGUCCUAGGGGGUCCGGGGGCAUGCCCCGCGAAAUGUUUGUGUUCUAUAGACGCCCGAAAAUAACAUUUUUUUUUUACCUCCCAAAUAUUACCGGUAUAUGUUUUGUUUAAUGGUCAAUGACGUACGAGGGAGAGUCUACCUGUUUGGGCAUUAUUUAAGUUUAACUAUGAAAUAAUUUAAAAUUCAACAAAUAAUUGUCUAUAUAAAAUCAAUGAUAUACUCUUUAUAAAAUAAUACUCAUGGUUGCAUGUUAAUGCUACUUUAUAUUAUAGUUAUAUCUUUCAUAGUCAUUAAACAGAGGUGUUGUAGUAGUGUCUUAAAUAAAGGCAGUGCUUACUAUAGAUUCUAGUUAUAAGUGAUAUUAUGGUUAUAUUGCAAACAUAAAGAGAAAACUUUUCUUAUUUUUAGAUUAUUAAUAUUUUUCAAAAUUGUAUUUUUCUGUAGGCCUACUGUACUGUAUUAUUGUGUAUAGAUGGUUUUGUCAAGUGGAAUGUAGAAGUGUGUUGACUGUCAAUGCAGUUGUAUAUUUGUACGUUUGUUACGACUUUUGGUGAGGAAAACUUUCAUUGCAAUGGUACGAAAAUAUACAUACAUAAUAUAAUUGUUAUUAUUUCAAGUUAUUUGUUUUGUGUGUUGGUUCGGCCUGGUUCGGCUUAGCUUUUCCUGCCUAUUAUCCAACAGUAUUGACACUAAUUGUGGGAAUUCUACGGAUCAGAAAUAUUUUAGGGCAACCUUCAUCACAAUGCCUUUGGCAUAAUAGAUUGUAUUGAAUCUCCAGUCUCAAACACAAGAUUUACGUAAUCUAUGAAGAAUCAAUACCACGAACAACUAAAUAAAAUGGUACAGUAUCUAUAUCCAUUUACAUAUAAUAAACAAUAAUGUUCAGUUACGAAACUCAAAACUUAACCCAACAGAUAUACAUACUAUACAGUACAGUACCGUACUAUAUAACGGUGAAUUUCGGCAGUUACACACAAUAUUCUCUGAUUGAAAAGGGUUUUCUUACUUAUCAGGUCGGUGUUGUCAAAUACCAUGUUGCCAACUAAAAUCAGAGGUUUUCUGACUAUAUAUACUGUUGCUGACUAUAAUCAAAGCUUUGUUGACUUACUGCAAUGAGAGCGUUGCUCACUGCAAUGAAAGUUUUGCUCGCUAAAAGUGUUUUGGCGACUGACUUCAAUUCAGGCUGAUGACUACAAUUUUCUGAGAGUGUUGCUGACUACAAUCUGAGUGUUGAUGUCUACACUCUCAGAGUUGCUGACAUUAUCAGAGUGCUUCUGAUACAAUCUGGUGUUGUAUGACUGGAGUUUUGCUGACUUCGAUCAUUGUUUUUCUGACUAGAACCAGAGUGUUGCCUAUUGCAAUCAUAUUGUUACCUACAAACAGAAGUGUAGCUUACUAUAGUAAUGCCUUAAAUACAGAUGUCGCUGAAGUUAUAAAUUGCAGUUAAGUGAUAUUAUGGUUAUAUUUAUUACACACAUUAACCAGUGGCGGAUUCAAAAAAGGGGGUAGUCGACCCGCCUCCAACCCUUACAUUUUAAAAAAAUUAUAGAGUGGAGAAAAAAAAAUUAUAUUUAAAUUUAAGUCUUACAGUGUCAUAUCCGACCAUAUGGGGGGGGGGCGGGGAUAAACAUAAUUUUUAUGGCCUCAACUUCAAACACGGUGUCCUGAGGUGGGUACCCUCUAUCUGUAAAAAUCCCUUCCUGGCUCCCCCUCUAUUUCGGUGUUCUGGAUCUGCUACUGUUAACAGAAAGCUAUUCCUGUUUUUAGAUUUUUAAAGAUUGUACUUUCCUUAUACUGUAUUAAUUAUUGAUACUUUUGUGAAGUGGAAUGAAGUGUGAUGCUUGUCGAUACGGUUGUAUAUUUGUACGCUUGUUACGGGAACAUAUUUGCAUACAUAAUAAUAAUUGUUAUUAAUCUUUCUGUGUACGUCAUACGGAUUUUUUUUUCUUGUCUAUUAUUCAACUGCAUUGAGAUCAAUGGACCUUUUAGGAGUGUCAAUCAAGCAAGUGACCUGUCCAACAAACGUGUUGUCCCACAAACGCGCGUGUAUGUUUCUACACUGUCGAUUUAUGGGAUCUAGCUAGUUAACAAUAUCAAAGGGGCGAGUCUUAGCGGAAACGUCUAUUGUGGGAAUCUUGGGAUGGGAUCUUUUAGGGCAACCUUCAUCACAAUGCUGUUGGCAUCAUAGAUUGUAUUGAAUCUCCAGUCUCAAACACAAGAUUUACGUAAUCUAUGAAGAAUCAAUACCACGAACAACUAUCUAAUUCAAUAUUUCAGACCAGCUUAAUAAGAUGGUACAUAUCAAUUUACAUAUAAUAAAUAAUAAUGUUCAGUUAUGAAACUUAAAACUUAGCCCAACCGAUACCGUAUACAGUGCGGUACAUUUUUUUUUGCUGCCUACGGGGUUUGCUGAUUUAUCAGAUAGGUGUUGUAAAAUACUCUUUUAGUUUAAUGGUUUCUGACUUUAAUUAUACUGUUGCUGACUGUAAUCAAAGUGUUGUUGACUACAAUCUAAGUGUUGCUCACUGAAAUCAAAGUUGUGCUCACUAAGUUUUGACUUCAAUCUGAGUGUUGCUGACUAUAUCGAAUGUUGCUGACUAUAACCAGAGUGUUGGUGACUACAAUCGAAUGUUGCUGACUAUAAUCAAAGUGUUGCUGACUAUAAUCCGAGUGAUGAUGAUGAUUACAAUCGGAGUGUUGGUGAUUAUAAUCAUAGUGUUGUUAACUAAAAUCGGAGUGUUGCUUACAAUCACGGUUCUGCUCACUAAAAGUGUUUUGACUUCAAUCUGAGUGUUGGUAACUACAAUUCAGGUAGAUGACUAUAAUUUUAGAGAGUGUUGGUGAUUACAACCGAAUGUUGCUG